AAAACAGGCCGUGGGAAACACCAUCCCAAGCCUGAAUUCGUGAUUUCUGUUUCACCGGCAGCCGAACAGUUUCAUUCUUCUGCAUUUAAGAGAGCUUGGUUUUAUUCAGGCGGGUAUUCAAGCUAUGGAUACCGGAGGAAAGUUGAAGAAGGGAGCCGGAGGGAGGAAAGGCGGAGGUCCCAAGAGCAAGCCAGUCUCUCGGUCAGUGAAGGCCGGUCUUCAGUUUCCGGUGGGAAGAAUUGGGCGAUACUUGAAGAAGGGGAGGUACUCUCAGCGAGUUGGUUCUGGUGCUCCGGUGUACUUGGCUGCUGUCCUCGAGUACUUAGCUGCUGAAGUGCUGGAGUUGGCUGGAAAUGCUGCCCGUGACAACAAGAAGAACAGAAUUAUCCCAAGGCAUCUUCUACUGGCUGUGAGGAAUGAUGAGGAGCUUGGGAAGCUUCUUUCUGGUGUCACCAUUGCUCAUGGAGGUGUCCUUCCCAACAUCAACCCUGUUCUCUUACCCAAGAAGACUGAUAAGGCCUCCAAAGAGCCCAAGUCACCAUCCAAAGCUACCAAGUCCCCCAAGAAGGCCUAAUUUCUGGCAGCCAUUGUAGCUUGUUUGUCUUUUCACAUGACAUAUGUAGUUUGGUUUUAGGAUUUAAAUGGCCAUGUUUUCUUUACAUGUAGGAAUUAAAUGUGAUCUUUUUGGAAAUACUAUUGAACUUUGGGAUCUAUAUUGGGAUUUCUGUCGAAGGCAAAUCAGUGACCCCGCCUGUUCUUGUUCACUGUAAUCUCUUUUGAAGUUUUUGUCUACAGUGUUUGGAUUAUAUGUGCAGCUGCAAUAUGCUUUUGGAUA